CCACCUCCCACCUCGGAAGCGUGUAACGCGUGAGGUCAUGAAGGAGGAGGAAACAGAACUCGGUAGCUAAGAUGGCGAAGGAACAGAAGGAAUCCUCACAGGGAGAGAUGGAGGGAGUUAAUUGUCUCGCAUACGAUGAGGCCAUAAUUGCUCAGCAGGACAAGAUUCAGCAGGAGAUCGCAAACACUAACCCGCUGGUGUCGGACAGACAGGACCUGUCCGUGCUGCAGAAGGAGUACGCCGAGGACGACACAGUUUAUCAGCUCAAGCUCAAGGACCUAUACAAAAAGUACGCGUACAUCCGCAAGACGCGGCCGGAUGGAAACUGCUUUUACAGAGCCUUUGGUUUCGCACAUCUGGAGUCCCUGCUAGAGAACAGCAAAGAGCUUCAGAAAUUUAAAGAGGUUGCAGCUAAAAGCAAACUUGACCUGGUUAACGAAGGCUUCACUGAGUUUACCAUCGAGGACUUCCACAACACGUUCAUGGACUUGAUCGAACUAUGCGAGAAACAGCCGAGCCUCCAGGAGCUGCUGAACUCCUUCAAUGACCAGAACAUGUCGGACUACGUUGUCGUUUACCUGCGCCUCCUUACUUCAGGCUACCUGCAGCGAGAGCAUGGCUUCUUCGAACAUUUUAUCGAGGGAGGACGUACUAUCAAGGAGUUCUGUCAGCAGGAAGUAGAGCCCAUGUCUAAAGAAAGCGACCACAUUCACAUCAUUGCCUUAGCCAAGGCCUUGAACGUAUCCAUUCUGGUAGAGUACAUGGACAGGGGGGAAGGAGGAACAGUCAAUCACCACGUCUUCCCCGAAGGAGGCGACCCGCGCAUCUUCCUGCUCUACAGACCAGGCCAUUACGACAUCCUGUACAAAUAACACUCCUGGGCCACGUCUGACAACAUCCUCCUCAAGCUGUGCUCUGCAGUGGUGCGUCGCAACCCGACAUCAGCUGCCACGUUGAUUUAGAAAUUGCAUCUGUGUCUGAGAAUAUUCUCCUUUAUUUGGAAAUAAAAUGAUAAAAUCACAUAUGUCUCAUUUAUCCCUUUUACUCCAAAACCCCCCAGGUUAUCCUCUGCCUUCACACAAAGGGUUAACAAUUGAAACAAUAGGUGGAAAAUAGAAGUGACAUUUAGAGUUGUACAGGUUUUUUUUUCUUGUUUUUGUUUUUUGUGGUUGUAAAUGUUAUCUACUUGCUUUGUUUGAUUCUCUUCCUUUGUUACAAUGCGUUUCAUUAAGUUUUAUUAAAGCGAUUUACAUCUUA